CCAAAAUGGCUGUGGAAAAACAGUUUUGAAGAUUUGUCGUUCUGCAUGAAAUUUGAAGAUGCUGCAUGGUCUACAUUUAUGAAGAGGGCCGUUUAUGGUGCGGAGGACCCCACCGGCAAGUAGCCGGAUGUGUUGGUAACCACCCUAAUAACUACCUCUCACUCUGGAACACACAGCAGGAUGAGAAACUGGAGCUCUAAGUGGAAGUGAUGUUUGGUGUCAUACUGCUGGAGGGCAGCGGGGUCGCGUAAACAGAUUGAGCAUUCAGUCCUGGACCUGCAUGCAGCCCUGCUGACCUCAAAUCAGUGUGAAAGGAGGGAGAGGGUGAGAGAGGAGGAGAAGAGAGAGGAGUGAACAGAGAAGAGACUGGUGUGUUGAUCUGACCGGUCCUGACCAAAAGUAUGAAGAGCCAGGAAGUCAAGACCCUUAACUCAGUCAAGUCACUCAUUGACAUGAGACCGGUCACUCCGAUGAAGAGCCUCCAGUUCCGCAGCAUCGCCCCCAAAGCUCCCCCCCCUCCCCCACCACCGCUGGUGUCGGACGGCCCAAAGCCCAGCGGCGCCCCCCUGCUGGUGCCCACGCAGAACUACGCCCUCAUGCAGGUGGCCGGGCGCGAGGGCACCUUCUCCCUGGUGCCGCUUCCAGCCGCCGCCUCCGCGUCGCCACAGCAACAGCAACAGCCAAUCAGCAAGAGCCUCAAGCUGCCCAUUCCCCGCUACCAGCCAAUGAGGAGCAAAGGCACGCCAGAGAAGGCGGGGAACAACAAGACGGGCAGCCCUGCCAAAGUCGCCAUGACGCCCGCUCGGUCGGUAGCAGCAGCGUCCGCCAUCCAAUCCAAAGCCUCAGAGGUGGCGAACACGCCCACCGAGCCAGCCAAUGAGCCGCUGGUGUUUGCCGGUGAGGCGGGUCUUGUGGGGAAAGCUGGCCCGAUCUUAGGAUCGCUGGCGCCCAACCCGUCCGCCGUUGCCAUGCCCACCCCGGAGUUGACCCCGCCCAUCUGUCAAAUCAAGCCUGAGAAGGUGACCCAGCCAAUCACAGUGCUCUCUCCCGCCCUCUUUGGGAAGGCCGUGCAGUUGGUCACGCCCUCUCCCUCGGGGAAACUCCCCAUCCUGCCUUACUCCCGCGUCAGAGACUCCCUAUUGGCCAGUCCGCCUCCGGCCCCUCCCCCUCCGCCUCCUCCUCUUCCUCCUCCUCCUCUAACCAAUCAGAGCGCUCCUACAAUCUCACAGACCACGCCGACCCCGCCCUCGGCGAAGCGGAAGCGCGGGCGUCGACGGAAGACUCCGGAGGACGUGCUGGCCCUGGAGGCUCGGCGCAAGCGCGCGCUCACCUUCUUCCGCCGCCGUAGCACCGCCGCCGCCGCCCCCGAGAAGACUCCGCCCUCCUCCUCCGCCGGCGAGGCGCCCGGCUCCAGGAAGUACCGCAGCAUCCGGCCCAAACCGGCCCCGGGGUCGGGCCUGCCCCUCCAGCUGACCUCCUCUUCCUCCUCCUCCUCCUCCUCCUCCUCGUCCCCCCCGCUGCCGAGCCCCCUCGGCCUGCCGCUGCACCCCUGCCCCACCUGCGGACGCUGCUUCCAGCACAAGCAGCACCUGACCGCUCACCUGUCCAGCCACCUCCUGCUGCCCAGUCGCGGCAAAGCCUCGGCGUCGUCGGCGUCGUCGUCGUUGGCGUUGCCGGGGGCGAGCGAGGCGGCGGGGGGUGCGGAGCUGGAGCGCGGGGCGGCGAGGCCGGUGCCGGUGGCGGUGCGGGCCCGGUGCGGGCCGCUCUCGAGGGUCCGGCCGCGUCCACUGCUGCGCUGCCUGUUCUGCCAGAAGGCCUUCAGCUACGUGGGCGUGUUCUUCAGCCACCUGCGCGAGCUGCACCGCGUCAUACUCACCGUGGAGCCCUCCAUCGCCCAGCACGAGGAACACACACCCGGAACGGAGCUGUGUGAGGAGGACAUGGAGGACCCCGUGGAGCUGCAGAUCAAGUGCGGCCGCUGCCAAGCCGUCACGCCCACCUUCUCCGACAUGCAGCUCCACCUCCUCUACGUCCACGGCCAAUCGGCCGGCCCCGGGCCCUCGGGGGGCGCUCCCGCGGCCCCCGGCAACAGCAGCAGCAGCGGAGGCGGAGGCGGUAGUGACGACGACGGCCGGACCGUGGAGGAGGAGCUGGUCAAGCACGCCGCCCACUACUGGCGGCAGCUGAACGAGCGGCGCGCCCUGCGGAGGUGCGGGCGCUGCCAGGAGGUCUUCCUGUCCGUGUCCCGGCUCAAGCGCCACGCGUGCGGCCGCCGCCCGGCGGGGGGAGGCGGGUCGUCGCUGGCGUCGGCGUCGGCGUCGGCGUCGGCGUCGGGGCUCAGGACUGGACGCGGCGUCCACUGCUUCCUGUGCAGCGUGGUGCUGGACAGCAAACAGGAAGUGCUGGAGCACUGGAGGGGGCGGCACUACUGCGAGAACCCCGCCCUCUUGUGGGAGGCGCUGAACGAGGGCGGGGAGACCGAUGGCAGGAGUGUCUCCUAGCAACCCCUGAUGCACCACAGAAGGACGUGUGUGUGUGUGUGUGUUAGUGUGUAAGAGUACGAGUAAGAUGUGUGACAAUAAACCACUACUACAGUUUUAGCUGUUCCGCUGUUUAGCCAUGUCCGGUUGCACUGCUUUCUUCAUUUGAAUGUCAAGUUGUUUUCACUUUUUUUUACCAUACAUUUUUUUCUUGAGGUUAAGAAUUGUAAUUUAUAGGAUUGUUUUCAAACUAGAGUGUUUUGUGUACUCUGUGUGUAACUGAUUAUUUAAGUUUUGUUUUGUUUGAAGCUAACGCACAGGGCUAUCACUACAAGGCUAAGAGAGAUAUCAGACAGACAGUGAAGCCCCUGGCCAAUCAUAUCUCUGUCAGAUUCUCAGUAGCCAAUCACAGCUCUGCCAGUAUGUUACCGGCCAACCACAGGUCCAUGCUCUCAGGAUGAGAAAGAGUGUGUGUGUGUGUGUGUGUGUGUGUUGUAAUAUUUGGGUUACAUAAUGAUGCAAACUCCAUAUUCUCAGAGAGAUAUUUCGAGAACAGCCACUAAAGUGGCAGGUUUUGAUUGUUCAGUGUGUGUGUGUGUGUGUGUGUUGUGGCUCACUGAUUGUGAGAUAUGAGACAUUUUCUUUUUUCAAAUGACUGUUGUUAAACUGUGCUCAAUUGUUGUAAGAGAAAUCAAUGACAGGGUAAUUGAAUGUUUUACAUCAAAUAAUCUAUCCACAUACUGCUCUCGUAGACAUAGAAUAUACUGAGUAUUUAUAGAGAAGAAGACAAAUAAAAACCUAAAUAUUUAUACAUACAUUAUAUAUACGUAUACUAUAUAUAUAUAUAUAUAUAUAUAUAUAUUUGCAUUAAAUAAUGUUGUCACCAUGGUGCUGUUUAGGAUGAAUGGAGAUGGAUGGAGAUCUGAUCACUUUAUCACCCUAGAGAUGCUUUCAUUUUCCUAACCCUAUCAUCACACCAAACCCAAACCUCGUUACCUUAGUAAAGCUUUAAUUUCCCAAACCUCAAAACCUCAAACCUCAUCACCCUACCUUUCAUUUUCCAAACCUCAUCACCCUAAAAAUGGCUUCAUUUUACAAACCUUAUCAGUCUUGUAAAACGUCAAUUUUCCAAACCUUAUCACUCUAGUAAUGCUUGAAUUUCCCAAACCUCAUCACCUUAGAAAUGCUUUCAUUUUCCAAACCUCAUCACUCUAGUAAUGCUUUCAUUUCCCUAACCCUCUCCUCACGCUGUCUGUCUGCCUGUCCACUCUGUUGCUUUUAGAACCACACAAUCUUAUUCAGUCAGCCUUGCUGUCAUUUCCUCCAAUCUGCCAUCGUUCUACCACCUGUUCUCUUUUAUGUGUCGCCAUAACAGAGUGGCCGUCACUCUGACACCGUCAUCUCCUGCGGACAGCUCAGCUGGCAGUCAUAACAGAGUGUCCGUCAUGUCUGCCGUCAUUCGCUAACGCCUCAGGUGCCACCACUCCGUCACACCUCUGGCUGUGUCACGUCCGUAACACGGAAAGCCGCUGUUCAGCAGUUUGGAAUUUUUCUGUGGAGCGCUUGCUUGGAAUACUGGCUUGACGUUAGAAUGUUUUUUCCAUGAACAUAGAUUCUCUUAUCUUAUCUUGUAAUGACAAGAAAAAAAAACAGAACAUCUCAGGGACUUUCCUGGUCUCUGUAGAGAAGAACUGAUGUUUCACCUUAAUCUGACCCCUUCGGGAAACCUGCCCCGUGUUGUUUUGCAUGUCCACUGCACACUGGUGGGAGUGGGUGGAGGAUAGCCGUCUUAGUGUUACUAAGUCUGGCAUAAGGUAGUAAACAUGCCAACAUGACUCUCACCACCAUUUCAAUGGGCACUUUUAUUUAGCAUUCCUCUCCAUUUGGGAUGUCGCUAUGGUUGAUCCCUUUAACUGCGCUGUUCUGACUCCAUGUUGCUGGUCAUCUCUGUAACACUCGGAUGCUCCGACUGACUGUGUCAUCAAACUAACUUUGAACACUCGCUCUAAUUUCGUCAUCAGAAGCUCUCAAUCCUUUCCCUACUGUGUGUGUGUGUGUGUGUGUGUGUGUGUGUGUGUGUGUGUGUGUGUGUGUGUGAGCGUGUCUGUAUGUAUGUGUGUAAUACUUUUUUUCUGUGACAGUACCCUGUGUGUACCUCUAGAGAGAGAGUGAGCAUGUGUGUGUGUGUGUGUGUGUGUGUGUGUGUGUGUCCAGUUUCUGAUAGAUAUGUGGAGAGGCACAUGCCUGUAAUUUGAUGCCGCUGGAGCUGGGCAUAACCCUCCUCCCUGGGUGACCUUUCACCUUUGACCUCUGCCUGUUCUGGUGACUGUUGUGUCCCCCUUUCCUCCUCCUCCUCCUCCUUGUUCAUGGUGCCUCAAUAAAGAACAUAAACUCCA